AAAUGCGUCACUCUUGAUGUGUCAGAGAAAAAUGGCUGCCGUGUACGAUGCUAUAGUUGUUGGAGCUGGUAUAAAUGGCUCUUCUACCGCCCACUACUUACAGAAAAAUGGUUACAGAACUUUAUUAUUGGAACAGUUCCCACUGCCUCACACCAGGGGAAGUUCCCAUGGACAGAGUCGGAUUAUCCGAAAGGCCUAUUUACAGGAAAUAUUUGCCAGUAUGAUGAGAGAAGCCUAUCCAAUGUGGGAACAGCUUGAACGAGAUUCAGGGACUCAAAUUUACACGAAAAGAAAAUUCCUUGUGAUGUGUGACAAACAAAGCAAUUAUGUUGACAGAGUGAGAAAAACUCUGUCCACUUGUAAUAUGGCCUUUGAAGAUGUAUCUAACGAGCGAUUACUUAAUGAGUUUAACAUCAAACUCACACCAGGAUCCAAAGCUAUCAUUGAUCCCGAGGGAGGAAUUCUUCACGCAGAUAAAGCUUUGUCCACAUAUCAAGAUCAGUUUGUGAAAAAGGGUGGCACAUUGAUUGAUGAAACCCGAGUACUUUCUAUCAUACCUGGUCAAACCAACCAACUAAAUACAUCAAAAGGUACCUUCCAGGGGCGAAAUAUAGUUCUAUGCCUUGGCCCUUGGGCCAAAUCUUAUUUUCAACAACUUGGAAUUGAAUUCCCUUUAAAGGUUAUGAGAAUCAGUGUUGGUUAUUACAAGCAGAAGCCUGUAGUAGGUCGUCAGAAACAAAUUGAUGCCCCUUUGAAGUUGUAUGCAAAGGGCCAUGAUGAAUUCUAUGGACUUCCUGAGAAAGAAUAUCCUGGACUGGUGAAGUUCUGUUUGCAUAAAGGCCCUGAAGUUCAACCAGAUCAUCGAGACCAGGUUAAUUCUGAUUGGACAUUGGAGAAAUGCAAACGUGUGAUUGAAGAAUCCUUUCUAGGACUUGAACCAGAACCCAGUAUUGUGGAAUCAUGCCUUUAUACCAUGACACCCGAUGAAUUGUUUGUUUUGGACAGACAUCCGAAAUAUCGUAACAUUAUUUUGGCAGCUGGGUUCUCAGGACAUGGUUUCAAGUUGGCACCUGUGACAGGGAAAAUCCUUGGAGAAAUGGCUAUGAAUAAAGCGCCGUCUUAUGACUUGAACCACUUUCGACUGGACAGAUUUACCAGAAAAUCCUUGUUGUAAUUUUAACCAUUUUGAUCCCACCCUACCUGAGUCAACCUUUAGUCCUAUGACAUGAAAUUCCUUUUUUAAGAUGAUAUCUAAAUUUAAAUUUUCCAUCAAAAUUCCAAGCUAAUUUAUUCAUCAGAUUUCAGCUUAAUAGUUACAAAGUUAUUUUAUGAAAUUGUUUAUUAUUUUCAAAAUUAAUUGGAACAAAGAUAGUGUAUUUUGACAAAAAUAUGGUAACAAAAGUAUCAGCACUUUUGAUAUCAACCGAUCUUAGAUUGCGUCUGGUUCUAUGAAACAAACUUCCUGUUUCAAAGUUAUCUAGAUUGAAACCUUCCAUCAAAAUUUCAUGUUAAUUUAUGUUCCAGACACCAGCUUAAUAAUGGUAAAAUUAUUUUAUGGAACAAAGGUAGUGUAGUUCAAUGGAAAUAUUGUAACAAAAGGAUAACACCUUUUGCUACCAGGGUGCUUGGAACUGUGACUGUUCUGUUAGGUUAUUCGGAAAAUAAUAGCUGAUUUUAAAAAUAAGCCUAUAUUCUUGAAAAACUGGACUUAUACAAAGGUUUAAUUAUUCAAAAUAUGAUCCCUGAACAGCUAUGCAUUUCUUCCAUAGAUUAACAAAGUCAUUUAUGCCACUUCUAUAAAAAAAAUCCAAAGGUUUUGAUGCCAAGAAAUCCUUGAAUUCAAUUUUGACCUCAGUUUUGGAAUGGAAAGUUUAUUUGCCUUAAAAAAGUGUCUAGAUGCUUGAAAAAGUGGUAGUCAGUGGGUGAAAGAUUAGAAAAAUAUGGAGGAUGUGCUAAAGUCUUGUAUCCGAAGUCUGUGAGCUUCUGCAGUGUCAUCCUGGAAAUGUGCAGUCCAGUGUUUUCAUGGAGCGGAAUUGGACCACAUCGAUUAACAAGUGCAGGUCUCAUUUUGUUCAAGUGAACAAGCAUUUGUUUCAGUUGCUUACUGUAAACUCCCGAUGUAAUGCUCUGGGUAGAUUUCAUCCUGGAUGGAUGGACGUCCUUUACCUUCUUGAUCUUCAAGGCUCUCAUCCCCGCCACAAAAUCUCUCAAGCCACCAUCAUACCGUCCAAUCACUAAUGGAUCCUUCAACCUAUGUUCUGUUGAUAUAAUCGACUGUUUGGAAAGCAUUAUGUCCAAGCUUGAAUUCAUGCAAAAAAAGUAAACACAUUUCUUCUUUUUCCAUGUUUGAAAUUAAGAAUUUCUACCCUUCAAAAUUAUAUUCUGAAAGAAAUCAAUAAAAAUUUGUUAAAGAAUACACAUCAAUUAUUAAGCAUGUACAAUUUCAUCUAAAACACUACAAAAAUAACAUCUUAAAUCAAAUUUGAAAAAUCAGACAGUAUUUUCUGAACAACCUAAUAUAAUAAAAAAGACUUCCAUGUUUUGAAGUGAUCUAAAUUAAAACUGUAUCAAAAUUUCAUGUCAAAUAUAUAUUCCAAAUAUCAAACUAAUAAUAACAAUAUUGUUUAAUAAAUUCAUCUUUAUUUUCAAAA